AUGUCUGGCAGGUGUGAUUUAUGUCCUGAAAUGAGUGUCUGGACUUGCAGCUGCAAAGCUCCUCGUAUCAAUCUGUGCGAUAGCCACAUCCGAGAUCACCUAACUGACCAAUCUGUCCCUUCCCACCCGAUUGUUAGGAAUGCAAUUGUCAUUAAUGAAAACAGCAAAAAAAUUUUAAUAAAAACUUUCAAGGAUAUUAAAAAUCAAGCAAAUGAGCAUAUUACAAGGAUCAUGCAAGAGACUGCUUCUCUAAUCAAUAUCAUUGAAAGGUGCUGCGUCAGCCAUAUCAGAUAUCUAAAUGACAUCAUCGGGAAAUCUGAUUUGUUGUUGCAGCAAGUUUCUGCAGCAAAUAGCUCUUCUAAAGCCAUUAUUCCAGGAAGGAUUCUAUCAAUUCUUACAAGAAGAGAACAAGAGGCCAUAGAAGAAUGCAGCUCUUGAAUUCUAGGGAAAUUAAAUAUAAACAAUAAUCCUAUAAAAUUAGGACUCCAAGAAUUAUUUUCUAUUGAAGAUAGUGUCAGACUGCUCGAUGUAUUGCUAUUGGCUGACAAAGAAAGCAACACUUUUGGACCAGAAAUUGAGUUUUUUAAAAUUUCCCCUCAAAAGAAAUGCGUUGAUAGCAACUAUCCUAGUGUUUCGAUAAAGGAAAACUUCAGAGAAGAAAUAAAAGAGACUCAGAGUAAAGCUUCGCCUCAGAAGCAAGUUUUCGAUAGUAGCUAUCCGAAUGUUUCAGCGAAAGAAAGCUUUAGAGAAGAAAGCAAGACCUCGCCUGCAAAGAAGUGCGCUGAUGGCAACUAUCCUAGAGUAUCGACUAAAGAAAAUUUUAGAGAAGAAGCUAAAGGAAUCCAAAGAGCUGCCUCUUUAGCAAAGCUUAAACUUAAAUUAAAAGAUAGGCACUGGCUUAUUGGUUACGCAGUCCCAAGGACACUUAAUACAAACGGUUUGUCUUCUUUGUGACAUUCCCUGCUGGGCACUUGAUCGAUUGAGAUAGCUCCGCCGGCAAGAAAAGCAUCCAUACCACCUUACUACUUCUCGAGCUUUAUACCAUGGCCUGGAAUGCUGUGCUCUGAGCACAUCUCCUCCUCGCCUUGAAUGCUUCAGUUUUGAGUGGGCAGAUAUGGAGUUUAGCAGCCCUGUAUCGGCGAUUUGGUAAGUAGCUUGACGAGUGUUGGGUGCAUACCAUCAGAAGCUACAAGAAAGAAUCCUAAUCCCUGGGCCACCGUCCAGUUCGCCUCAGUCAUAAGGCUGAGAAAAUCGCGCCAAGAGCUCAGGCCAUUUUUAUAUAUGUCUCUUUAGUAGAGCAAUCUCCAAAGCCAGCAGAAACGCAAAAUAUUCCUCAAAGAAGCAAGACUAUAAUAACUCCGAAUGAAAACAAUAAAGUCCUUAAAUGUGCAAAAGGCCACAACCUUUCAUGAAACAACAAUACUCCUUUUAAUUAUUUUGCCAAUUCAGGAUCUUUUUAUAUAUCGUGUGAUCAAUGCGGAAAAACUUAUUCGUAUGCCUCAUGGAAUUGCAGGGAAUGCCAUUAUGAUGUCUGCAGAGAGUGCAGUUUAUCAAUGGGCGUGCCUCUUCCGAUUUUGAGUUGCAGCUCUGGGCAUGAGUUAGAAUGAAAAUCUGACGUGAAAAUGCACUACACAAACUUAGGCAAAGCAGAUCCUUCAUGUGCCAGAUGCAAAGGAAAUGUAGAGGUGGCUCAUUGGCAUUGCAGAGCAUGCUUGUAUGAUAUUUGCAAUAAUUGUGCAGAAAGAGCAGGGUAUACCAGUGUUGCAACUAGCGCAAAAUGCAAAAACAAGCAUCAAUUGGAAUUGAACCUUGCGGUUCUGCUUCUUGGUCUUCCAGUUUCUUGUGAUAUGUGCAAACAGUUUUUCAAAGGAGAGACCUACACAUGUAAUCCUUGCAAAUACUUUCUUUGCCAAGUUUGCUAUUUAUUCCUACAGUUGCCAGCUCCAGGCCAUCCUAUCAUUCGAUGCCCAGACAAACAUUUGUUGAGGUGGUUUAUUAAGGGAAACUUUAUUUGUGAUGGAUGCUGCCAACGAAAGCUGGAAGAGAGAUUUAGAUGCAUCGAGUGCAAUUUUGAUUUGUGCUCUUUAUGUUCAUCUCAGCUCUAUGAUGCUGCUACUAAACGCCCAAUAAAAAAAUGCAGAAAUGGCCACGAGCUUAGCUGGGAUUAUCAAACAUCUAAAAGAUAUGGAGGAAAUGCCUACAGUUGUGGUGUUUGCCGAGGGGAAAUUAAACGAAUUGGGUCCUUUUAUUGCCAAGAAUGCUCUUAUAGUUGCUGCUUUAGAUGCGUAUUUAGAAGCUAA